AUGGAGGAUUUCGCCGCUUUUCGCCUGCUUUCAGUCAUCUUGGCUUUACAGCUGGCGCCGCCGUCUAACGGGACCGUGUCGCACUCUCCUGUGGAAACAACAUGGGAUGUUUCCAUCCGUGCCAUGUAUAACACAAACUUAGUGGUGGAGGACCGAGAGCUGCAGCUGAAGUGUGACAUCGUCAGUUCUGGACCCAUCAGGGUCCAGAACCUGACCGUGUGGGGCUUCAGAGGGAAGGACUCCGUUAAACUUGCGGAAUCAAAUACCAGCAGCUGUGAAGGUGUCUCGGUUGGACUUCCAGGAAAUUUCUCUUGCACCGUGAACAUCACUCUGAAAAGAGCCCACAGUGGACUCCAAAUCAGAUGUGAGGCUCAGUUUGAGCCCGGUGAACAACAGUCUCCACAAAACGCGAUGUCCCAGCCCUUGAAUAUCAGCGUCAUGUAUCAGCCAGAGAUUAAUACCACAAAGCUUCCAGACGCAAUCCCACUCUUCAGAGGAUAUCCUGAGGAGCUUGUUUGUGAGGCAGAUGGAAACCCGCCUCCAAACAUUACAUGGAUUCACAGCUCACCCACGGCACAAACUGGGUCCGGUGGCAAACUCAGCGUGUUCGAUCCGGGCCUCUACACCUGCACGGCUGAAAAUCCUGUGAAUUCCACCACAUACUCGGUUCAAGUGUUUUUAAAAGAGGACUAUCUCCCUCUCAUUGCUGGAUUUGUGGCCGUCACAGUGGUGGCCAUCUCUGUCGUGUUCCUCUUCAUCUACUCGAUCUACUACAAGAACACCAAGAUGCGCCGCUACAAUCUUAAAAACGCCAAACUCAGCACUCAGAACGGUAACGUGGCUCACAACGGCUGGGACAUGCAGUUCCCCAUCACCAAACUGUCUUAG